AUGUCAACUGCUGUGCUUUCGUUUAUUCGAGGAAUCGACUUUUCUCGAAAUGAUUUCUCCGGCGAUCGCUUUCCCCAUGCCGUCGAGCAAAUGACACAAAUGACAUGGCUUAAAUUGAAUCGUGCAAAGCUGGAACGCGUGCCGGAUGAACUUUCUCGGUGUACAAACCUUGAACAUCUUCAAAUGUCGAGGAAUUCGUUAUCAAGCGUCAAAACGGCUGGUAUCCCAACGGAUAUUUUUCGUAUGAAAGACUUGACGAUUAUCGACUUUUCACAUAACCAACUCAGAGAGGUUCCUCCAAAUCUUGAGUACGCCAAAGGUGCCAUAGUUCUCAAUCUAAGUCAUAAUAACAUCGAGAAUAUACCGAAUCAGGUGUUUUCAAACCUGAUCGACUUGUUAUUUUUGGAUUUAUCCAAUAACAAAUUGGAUAUGCUACCUCCUCAAAUUCGAAGGCUAACCAUGGUGCAGGAGCUGAAGCUGUCGAAUAAUCCACUUCAUCAUUUCCAAUUGAAACAGCUACCAAGCAUGACCUCCCUUAGAGUUCUACACAUGCGUAACACCAACAGAACCCUCGAAAACAUUCCUCCAUCCUUAGAUGAUCUAGAGAAUCUUAGAGAUAUCGACUUUGCUGAAAAUAAUCUUCCUGCUAUACCUGAGGCUUUAUUCAAGUUGAAAAACUUGAGGAAAUUGGACAUCAGUGGCAAUAAGAUCGAGAAAAUAUCAAUACCGGAAGGAAGCUGGGAAAUGCUGGAAACUUUGAACAUCAGCGGAAAUGGUAUGACGGCUCUACCAGAUGGGCUUGUUCGUCUCACAAAGUUGCAGAGGCUCUACGCCAGUGAUAACCGCCUCACGUUUGAUGGAAUACCAAGCGGUAUUGGAAAGCUCGUGCAGUUGAUAGUUCUUCACCUAACACGAAAUAAUUUGGAGUUGGUACCGGAGGGUAUCACACGGUGUGUUCGACUUCAGCGACUUCGUCUUAACCACAAUCGGCUCAUCACGCUACCCGAUGGUAUCCAUCUUCUUCCUGAUCUCAAGGAACUCGAUCUCACUGAGUGA